UCGGUGUCAGCUGACCUCCUCCCCCGGCAGAUUUCCGGUGUCGCUCGAGUUGGGACCGGCUGGCAGGCGGCGGGGACUUUUCGACAUUACCCAGAUUAAACUAACUGUUCACACCACUUUGGCAGCUGGUGCCCGGGACACGGGGCGAGCAUGGCGACCAACAGCACGUCCUACAAUGAUCAGGCUCUGGGAAGUGAAUCGACCGAGUUGGGCCAAGAAGCCUCGGCAGUGACUUCAGGAGGAGGGGCAGCAGCUGGGUUCCGGCUCUUCAGCGUAGACUACAAGAAGAAUGAAGACCUUCAUCAAAUGCUGGAGAGCAACAAGGAUUCACUAAAAUUGGAGGCGAUGAAGAGGAUUGUUGGGAUGAUUGCUAAAGGAAAAAAUGCUUCGGAGUUAUUUCCUGCUGUUGUGAAGAACGUCGCCAGUAAAAACAUAGAGUUGAAGAAGCUGGUAUAUGUUUACCUUGUUCGCUAUGCAGAAGAGCAGCAAGAUUUGGCCUUAUUAUCAAUCAGCACAUUUCAGCGUGCGCUGAAGGAUCCCAAUCAGUUGAUUCGGGCAAGUGCGUUGCGAGUUCUUUCCAGUAUUAGAGUGUCAAUCAUAGUUCCAAUAAUGAUGCUGUCUAUUAAGGAAGCUGCCAGUGACCUGUCUCCAUAUGUCCGGAAAACUGCUGCCCAUGCCAUUCAGAAACUUUAUAGUCUAGAUGCAGAGCAAAAAGAACCAUUGAUCGAGAUCAUAGAAAAACUACUAAAAGAUAAAAGUACGUUAGUAGCCGGAAGUGUUGUAAUGUCAUUUGAAGAGGUUUGCCCAGAAAGAAUUGACCUGAUUCACAAGAAUUACCGCAAGCUGUGUAACCUGUUGGUAGAUGUGGAGGAGUGGGGACAAGUUGUUAUAAUCAACAUGCUGACUCGCUAUGCACGAACACAGUUUGUAAGUCCAUGGAAAGAGGAGGCAAUGCUCGAUGAGAAGAAUGAAGCAUUCUACAAUUCUGAUGAAGACCAGAAUAAAAAUGGUGUUGCUGCUAAAAAACCAUACAUAAUGGACCCAGAUCAUCGACUGCUGCUCCGGAACACCAGGCCAUUACUACAGAGUAGGAAUGCUGCUGUGGUAAUGGGUGUUGCUCAGCUUUAUUGGCACCUUGCACCAAAGUCCGAGGCUAACAUUGUUGCAAAGUCAUUGGUUCGGUUGCUUCGAAGCCACAGGGAAGUGCAAUACAUUGUAAUGCAGAAUAUUGCAACAAUGACUAUACAAAACAAGGGGAUGUUCGAGCCAUAUCUGAAAAGUUUUUAUGUUCGAUCCACUGAUCCGACACAGAUAAAAAUUUUGAAGCUCGAAAUUCUAACAAACCUGACCAGUGAAACGAACAUCUCUAUAGUGCUACGAGAAUUUCAGACCUAUGUGAAAAGUCAGGACAAGCAAUUUGCUGCAGCCACAAUUCAGGCAAUUGGAAGAUGUGCCACCAAUAUUUCUGAAGUUACAGAUACGUGUCUUAAUGGAUUGGUGUAUCUGCUGUCUAACAGAGAUGAAAAUGUUGUCGCAGAAAGUGUAGUUGUCAUUAAGAAACUACUCCAGACACAACCAUCCCAGCACAGUGAAAUCAUCAAACAUAUGGCCAAGCUUUUGGACAAUAUUACAGUACCUAUGGCUCGAGCAAGUAUCCUUUGGUUGAUAGGUGAAUACUGUGAGCAUGUCCCAAAGAUUGCACCAGAUGUUCUGAGGAAAGUGGCAAAGAGCUUUACAACUGAAGAGGAGAUCGUGAAACUACAAAUUCUUAACCUGGGAGCUAAACUCUGUUUAACAAAUCCUAAACAGACAAAAUUGCUUAUGCAGUACAUAUUAAAUGUAGCGAAGUAUGAUCAGAACUAUGACAUUAGAGAUCGUACAAGAUUUAUCAAGCAGCUGAUAGUUCCAAAUGAGAAGAGUGGAGCUUUAAGCAAGUAUGCCAAGAAAAUAUUCCUUGUUCAAAAGCCAGCACCAGUCCUCGAAUCUCCAUUUAAAGAUAGGGAUCGCUUUCAACUAAGCACGUUAUCACAUACACUUAAUACUAAAGCAAAUGGAUAUCUCGAGCUUCCAGAGUGGCCGGAGACUGCCCCUGACCCUUCAGUCCGAAAUGUGGAAGUCAUUCAGCCAAUUAAGGAGGUGGUGACGCCACUAGGCAAAUUGAAAGGAAAGAAAGAUAAUUUGGGUGGCAAAUUUUACUCUGAUUCUGAGGAGCAGGAAGACUCCAGUCAAGGCAGUAAAUCUAGUAGUGAGAGUGAAAGUGACAGCAAGAAUGAAGACAGCAGUUCAAGUUCAAGUGAAGAGUCAAGCGAUAGUGAAUCGGAUAAAGAGAAACGGAAUGAAGAAAGUGAAAACAGUGACUCAGAAAAUACUCAUACCAAAACUACAGCGAAAAAACUGAAUUCUGAAACUUCCUCUGAGUCAGAGGAUAGUUCAUCUGAAGACAGUUCAGAAUCUGAUUCUGAGAGUGACUCAGAACCAAAAAACACACCGGCACAAAAAAAAGAAAAGAAUAAAGAAGUAUCGGUGGUUAAGGCUCCUGCCAAACAGGAAGUUUCAUUACUCGAUUUGGUUGACCUUUCUGAUGUGUCAACACCAGUUGCCCUCCCUAAACCAGUAAUGGCUUCAAGAUUAGCAGCUGAUUUGGAAGGAUUAUCACUUUCCAGUACUGCUGCUGUCAUUGAUGUGGCCACUCCAGUGUUUGUUCCUCCAAAAUCAUAUACGCUACUUCAUCGGAUGUCUGGAAAAGGCCUCGGAGCAGAGUAUCACUUUCCACGUCAGCCAUGUAUUUACAAUUCAAAAAUGGUUUCUGUUCAGAUUAUAUUAACCAAUAACUCAGAUAAAGAAAUCAGGAACAUUCGAAUAGGAGAACAGAAGCUCGCAUCAGGCAUGCGCAUGCAUGAUUUCUAUGAAAUAGAGUGCCUUCAUCCUGGAACAUCAAACACUGCUUCAAUGGGUAUUGACUUCUGUGAUUCUACACAAGCUGCCAACUUUCUACUAUGCACAUGCAACGAUCAUUUCAGUGUCACUAUCCAACCUCCAGUGGGAGAGCUGCUUCUGCCAGUCACCACAUCUGAAAAGGAUUUCCAGAAAGAGCAAGGAAAGCUGACAGGAAUGAAUGAAAAUUCUACAGCAAUCACAGGUUCUCCACAAAAUUCCUCUAGCCAGACGAUUGUGCAUAAGGUGGUAAACAUGGCUAAUGUUGGGGUUGUGCCUUCUGGCCAAGAUAAUAUUCACAGGUUUGCAGCCAAAACUGUGAACAGUGGAUCUUUGGUACUCAUCACAAUAGAAGUGAAGGAAGGAUCAACAAUGCAGCUGAGGAUAAACACUGAAAAGUCUGUGAUUGGCUCAGUGCUGCUGCGGGAGCUGAAGUCUGUGCUGUCUCAAGACUGACCAGGAUAUAUCUGCAAGCAAGUGUCUGGCAAACAUUGUGCUAGUCAGCCACUGCUGUUGCCUUUCAUUUAUAAUAGAUUCCCCUCCAUCUGGCAGCAGUGUGUAAACCACACAGUUACAAUCUUGUUAAAAUCUGCUUUGAAAUUCAUUAUAUAAUUUAGCACAAUCCUUUUCUUUCUCUUGCUACUAAAGCAGCACAGCCCCAAGUAACAAAUUAAACAUUGUGUGGCUGGAUUAAAAGAUCAGCAAAUCUUGUUUUGGUAUGGUGUUGAGGGUUUUUUUUUCCUUUGAAUGAGCAAACAUUAAACAUAAGUUAACAUUUAUAGCAUUUACACUUUCAUCAGCUUUCCUCAGGAAUGUGUGGAACCACUAACCUUAGCAUUUUUAGCCGCUAUAGCUUUUUGUAUAGUUUCCAAGAAAUUAAUUUGAGAAGUAAGGAUCCAUGGUUGCAAAAUAAUCAAUGUCAGGCCAUAUAGUCCAGUGGUGAGUUUAUUGUAGAACUCUUGAAAAGACUUCUCUAUUAAAUGAUGAAGACAAUAGUGCAUAAUAUUUUCUUGUGCUAUUCCCUCCCCUAAAUGGAGUCUCUUGCAGUGGUCCAAAAUUAAGAAUAAAAUUCACCCAAAGAAAUAUAUCUUUUGCCAAAAAAAGUUUCACCUGUUUGCUGCUUUCUCUUAUGAUAUGUCAGUGCCAUUUUAGCUUAUUAAUGUUUUAGAACCCUGAUCUCAGUAUUUUGUUAAGCCUAUUUACAUAAGCUUAAUCAAAUAUGAUGCAUUCAGUUCUGGGAUUGUAUAAAGAAAACUGAACAUUGGAUAUCUGAAAUUAAAGCAGUUCUUUGAAAUCUAGCAAAAUUGAUCAGUAAAUGAAAAGAGAUGAUAAAUUAAUUAUUUGGGUGUGACUAAUUAUCAAGAUUCAUUCAAACAUGACCCCACCAUUCUGCCAUAUUCAAACAUGACCCCACCAUUCUGCCAUAUUCAAACAUGACCCCACCAUUCUGCCAUAUUCAAACAUUAACUGGCAGCCUGUGCAUUUUAAGGAUUUUCUCAUUCUUGUGAUCUGUUUACACAUCUGCACUUCAGCAUUUGGAGGGGGAGCACAUUUUACCUCUGAUUCAACCACCUCCAUUAGGGAACUUGCUUCGCAUUAUUCUAGUACACCUCCUAGUGGCAGGCUUACGAGCAACUUUGCACUAGCUCAGAAAGGAGUCACAACCACGAAGUGAUGCAGGGCUAAAAGAAACAGAUAAAAUAAUUUCCUUUCUCACCCAUUUUUGUAAUGGUUGUGAAUCAUGGCUUUCCUAAGGACUGAAAAUUAGUGAUGGCUUUGAGUAGAACAGAAUCUGUGCUUCCACACGGUAACAAGUUGCAAAGCACUGCAAAAAAUGACAUUUUACAAAUACUUUCCCAAUUGUUUAGAACUUCAAGUUUAAUAGACAUGCUGUUUACAUCUUUCUGGAUGAUUGCAAAUUAUAAUUUCUUGGAGACCAAAGCAGAAUUACUUAAGAAUAUUGGGGAAACUACAGUUUGUUAAUGCAUUAUAAUCUUAUUUUAGUGUAAAUUGGGGAAAUAAUGUAAAAUCCUGUUGACCUUUUUCCGGUUCAGAGUAAAAGGGGGAAACGGCUGCUUAUGGAACAGCCUGCUUGUAUCUUUAUCUUGAUUAUGUGCCAAUUUUCCAAUUACUAUUGUUAGUCUGCAGAGAAUAGUUGCUUAUAGUACUUGGAGAUGCUUGUAAUGCUGUUUAUUUUCUUCCUACUUCACUUGCUUUAGAAGUAAAAUACAAAAGUGAGCUUAUUAAAUUUCCAAAUGGGUAAACAGAUUCCAUCUCAGAACUUAAUUCUGGGGCACUGAGUGCUGCAACUGGAUUUGAUGUCUAUCUCUGUGCAGUAAUUAUUUAAUGAUUAGGAUUCCAAACAGUAUUUUUCCCCUUGUUCUUGUGUAGUUGUUACAUUGGGGAUUUGUGUUUGCUGGUGUACAGCUGCUUCAGUUGAUUUACAGUACUGUGGCUGUGGCCAGUCAUAAAUAAAUCCUCUUAUAUAGUUGUUAUGAACACCUGUUAGAUCAUCUGUCAGCAAAGCGCAGUUCACAUUUAUCAUGGUGCGGUAGCUAUUUUACCUCAAUCCAUUUACAGCGGACUCUGCCUCCAUCACUGUAUUACUAUUACUGCACCAUAAUCACUCGUUUCCACUUCGUGUACAACUUGCAGAUAAAAGAUUUCAGUACUUGGCAAAAUUUCAUAAAUAAAGGAGCAGUUCACUGCAGUAAAAGUUUAUUUUUGUCAUCAUUUGUCACACUAUUAUAUCAUAAAUCAAAUAGAAUAGUACUAUCCCCAGUGCAGACAGCUCUUCAGCCUAGACAUGGAAAUGGUCUGUUUCUCUGUAGAUGAGAUGGCAUGUCUUUUGACUUUAAUGGGAUGAUGGCUUUUCGCACUCAUUUGAUUUUAUUGGAUUUAAAAAUCUGGAGGAUUAUUAAGGCUGCUGCACAAAAACAUCCAGCUCCAAGAACAUUUCUGACAUGAUAAUUGAACCAUCUUUGUUUACCAAGGAAAAUCUGCUAACAAAGCCUGCUUCAUUAACAAGUCACAUUUAUUCAGAAAUGCCAAGGGUGGUUGUCUGAUAUUCAGUCAAGUUGUUAUAUCUGCUGAAAUGACUUGCAAAAGAAAACAAGUUGAACAAACCGUUUUUAAUUAGUAUUUUUACCUUUUUCAACUGUGAAGACUGCUCUGUGUUUUACCUUUUAAUUUUAUGAUCUGCUCAUCUUAGACAUUUAACAUUUUCCUGUGUAUAUAUUCUAAUACCCAGUCUGUGAUCUGCACCAUUUCCAGAGGAAUUCAUCUCUUACUUUAACCAAAAGAUAAGCUUGCCUCAUUCAAAAAUAAUGCACAGACCUUUGCUUAUAGUUAUUUUUGUGUAUCUUUAAUAUACAUUUUUUGUUCAUCCUCCUCUUCAUUUCCUAGUUGUGAUUCUUAACUGCUUGUCAUUUGUUCUAACACUUCUAAAGUGAUAUCUUCCUACAUAUUCUCCAAUUUUAAUAGCUUCUCCAUCUUUGUUCCUUUUUUCUCCCUCAUUUGUUUAAUGCUUUGUCAUACCCAAUUUGGCAGCAACAUUUAUGGGAACAGAUUCAGCAGUAUUUACUGGGUGCAAUGUGAAUGUGCUAUAUUUCACUGGUGAUUCACACACAAUUCAUCUAGCAAUUCCACAAUUGUAGUAAUAUUGCAUUUCUAGAGAACAUAUUCUCCACUUCACUGCAGACAGCUGCUUAUAUAACUGCUGUAGGAAUACAAUAUGCAUAUAUAUCAGUAACAUAGACACUGAACUGUAGAAUAUUUACUUUAGGAAGGCAUAAGAUGUUACAAGCACAGGAUUACUGGGUGAAACAUGUUGACAACUUGUAACUGACUGCCAGGCUGAAUCAAUUGGAUUAGUUAUGAAGUCUACUGAUCACAUGCAGUAUAAAUAUUUAUUUGUGAAAAAAGUGAAUAUCUCGUCACUGCCUUUGCAAGCAGAUGGUUGUUUUGUAAUGUCAGAGAUGCAGAUUGUCCUGUGUAUGCUGUUUGUUGAGAUGGCUGAUUUUCAUUCCUGUCAACCAGGUUUCUGAGGAUAUCUUUUUAGAUGGUGACUGACUGCCAUUUUCACAUUGCUCACCAAAUAUAUUUACUUGAUCUCCCUUGAAAAGCUGGUGGUUUAAAGUAUGAAAUUCAUAUGCACUUCCCCAAGUAAGACAGUGUGCAGUUUUUAAAACCAGGCUGUAGCUUCAGUAAUUGGAAAAGGUUAAAGAACUCAUUUGAAGGUGGGCACGUGUCAGACAGGGUCAUUCCUAAAUAUUUACUUCGGUUUUAGUGUUGUGCAGCAAAAAAGUACAAAAUAAAUACCUGGGCUUGUUAAUUACAAAUUUAAGGUAGUUCAGAAAAUUAAGCUGCAUCAAAGUACUAACUGUGUUAAGUGCAUCUUGAAUUGAAAUUAUUUUUCUACUUUUGUCAAUCUUGCCAGAGGAUGAUUUGUCAGCCAAUUGAAAAUUAAUUCUUGCAAAGCCUGGUUAAAUUUUCUCUGGCUGUGUUUGAAUUUGAAUUCAGCAUUUGCUUUGGGUAGCAGCACAGAUUUGUCAGCAGCCAUCUUGUGCUUCCCUUAUUCUGAUGACUAAUUCAUACGCUGCCUGAUGAACCUCCAUAAAGUGUGACAAUAUUCCUUGUGUCGUAUUUCUUUUUUCUGAAAUCUCUGGUUCUGAAUAAAAAUACCAUUUCUAACUUUGGAACAAUUGUGUUUGAUCCUUAACUAAAGGAAAAGGUGAUUAUAGAGUUGUCAGUGCAGUUGUAAAUUGAUACUAAGCCUACUUUUAAUGUACUAAUAUAAAAUGGUUGCAUUUUCUGGCCUAUAUUAUGAUGGUUCUGCAAUCAGAACAUUUUUCUUUAUGUCAAUUCCUAGAUGAAUAUGAUGGAAGUUCAGUUUGAAUUUUACAUACAAACUGGGAGUAGGAAUACAGCCCCUUUAAGCCAGCUCCAUCAUUUAAUAAUCCAGCUGUAAAUUGAAAUUGAUGUUCCAGCCCACUCCUGAUGGCUUUCACCCCUUUGCUCUACAAAAAUCUAGAUACCUCUCCCUUGAAAAAUAUUCAAAGAUUCUACUUCUGCCACCUUUUCAUUAAUAUGGUUCCAAAGAGAGACAACCCUCUAGAAGAGAGCAGUUUGCUGCUUCUUUAUUUUAAAUGGGCAACUCUGAUUGUAAACAAUGACCCCUAGUUCUGGAUUCUCCCUUAAAAGGAAGGAUCCUGUCUAGGUUUAGCUUGUGAAGACCCCUCAGAUCUUGUUUCAAUCAAGCUGUCCCUUGAACUUCAGUAAAUACAAGCCUAACCUGUCUAACCUCUCCUCUUAAGGCAACCCAGGUAUUAGUCUCCUAAGUUUUAAAGUUC